AUGGAACCGAAUCUCAAGUUGGUACUGGAGGAAAUCCAGAAGUUGAAGGAGGAGUUCGGGCGUCGUUUCGACGAGCACAACGAGCAGUGGGAGCGGCGAUUUGCCGAUCUCAAGCUUAGCCGCGCCGCCCACGACGCCGCCGUUGACAAACGCCUCGACUCCAUUGAGCUCGCUGGCGCCGACACGGCGUACACCAUCGGCCGGCGCGUUGCCGAUUUGGAGGCCGUCCGCAUCGACCCCCUCCAAGACGAGCGCGACGACCGUGUCACCGCCCUCGAGGUGGCCGCCACGGACCUCGGUACUUGGCGCCCAGAGAUGGAGGCGCUUGUCGACGACCUGCGAAUCGAGAUGCAGAAGCUAUACCAAGGUCGCGACUUUAAGGAGGAGGUGGCUGGCCAAGCGGGCGCCCAGUCUUCGUUCCGUUCAUCGACACCCGUUGAGUGGUCUUCUAAACCCACACCAUGGACCGCGCAGCCGCUACCACCACCUCCGCCUCGUAUCGACAAGCCCGUGGCGAAGCCUGCAGCCGCCGAGCCCACGGCAACAUCUUCAGCAGCCGGUGCUCUGGCUGCUGUCAAAGCAUACCAUCGAGCAUUGGGGUUAUGCUACAAGUGCAACGCCAAGUGGAGUAAGGAUCACCGGUGCGCACCGGAAGUCCUGCAUGCGGUCGACGCUCUUUGGGAAUCGCUGGACCCUGAUGUUGUGCCGGCUACAGAACACUCUGAUGAUCACCCACCUGAACAAGUGUUUUUGGCCAUCUCAAAGUCUGCCAUGUCUGGAGUACCUGCUGCUCGUACUAUCCGGUUGUUGGGAUCGAUGUCAGGUAUUCCAGUGCAUAUUUUGGUGGAUUCAGGGAGUUCUUCUUCAUUUAUCAGUAACACUACAGCUGCUAAGUUACAUCACCCAGAUUCAGUUUCUAUGUCUAGCUGUGUGCAAGUUGCUGGUGGUGGUGUGUUGCAGAGCUCCUUGCUGCUUCGCCAAGUUACGUGGACAGUUGGCUCAUGUUCCUUUCGCACUGAUUUUCGCGUGCUGCCUUUGGGUAACUUCGACGCCAUUUUGGGCAUGGAUUGGUUAGAGGCCUACAGUCCUAUGCAAGUUCAUUGGGCCUUGAAGUGGCUGGCCGUUCCAUAUGCUGACAAGACUCAGGUGUUGCAAGGCUUGCCCUUCCACAUUGAAACUGAUGCUUUCGGGUCUGGAAUUGGAGCAGUUUUACAGCAGAAUGGGCACCCCAUAGCAUUCAUUAGCAAAGCUUUAAGUCCCAGGAAUCAAGGGUUGUCAGUCUACGAAAAGGAAUAUCUUGCUAUAUUGAUGGCUGUCGAACAGUGGCGUCACUACUUGCUUCAAGUCUCCCACAAUUGGCUUGAUGAAGUUGUCCAAGGAUACUAUUUUGACCAAGCUGCUAUGGAUCUGUUGUCUCAGCUGGCUGCCAGCCCCGAUAGCCGCCCUCCAUUUUCUUUAAUCCAAGGAGUCAUCAGAUACAAGAACCGUCUGUGGCUGAGUUCUAAUAAGUCCAUGCAGCUUAAAAUUAUGAUAUCACUACAUAGCAGUCCAUUGGGUGGCCACUCAGGUGCACCAGCGACAUACAUGCCUGAACUUCACAAGUGGAUGGCUGAUCGAGAGCUCAUGCAUACUGUUGUCAAGCAGCACUUGCUUCGUGCCCAGGCUCGCAUGAAACGCCAAGCUGAUAAAGGCCGUUCUGAGCGUCAAUUCUCUGUGGGUGACAUGGUGUUUUUGAAGCUCCAACCCUAUAUUCAGUCAUCACUGUUCCACCACUCAAACAACAAAUUAUCUUUCAAGUUCUUUGGGCCAUUUCAAGUCAUUCAAAAGAUUUGUCUAGUUGCAUACAAGUCCGCCAUUGCUACCACUUUGCAUUCUGUCCAUCCGGUCUUCCAUGUCUCAUGA